CCACUUCAAUGUGCAUGCCCAACCCCCGCUCUUCCUCAUGGCCGCCUCCAAGCCCAUCACCCGCCCCCUCGUCUCCAUUCAAGCCCUCGACGGCGACAUGGCCACAGAUUCUGAUGCUGCCUCCCUCCCUCUGCCCGACGUACUACGCGCCACGAUUCGCCCCGACGUCGUUCGCUUCGUCCAUGAUAACCUCUCCCGCAACAAGCGGCAGCCCUACGCUGUCUCGAGGCGCGCCGGCCAUCAGACCUCCGCCGAAUCUUGGGGAACCGGCCGUGCUGUCUCUCGUAUCCCCCGCGUUCCUGGCGGUGGAACUCAUCGAGCCGGCCAAGGAGCGUUUGGCAACAUGUGCCGUGGCGGCCGAAUGUUCGGCCCCACUAAGAUCUGGCGCCGAUGGCACCGCCGCGUCAAUAUUAACCAACGUCGGUAUGCUGUUGUUUCCGCGCUCGCUGCAAGCGCUGUUCCCUCUCUUGUCCUUGCUCGCGGCCAUCGGAUCGAGUCUGUUCCGGAGAUCCCUCUUGUUCUCUCUGAUUCUGUGGAAUCCAUUGAGAAAACCUCAUCGGCAAUCAAGAUCCUGAAGCAGGUGGGAGCUUAUGCGGAUGCCGAGAAAGCCAAGGAUUCGCUUGGUAUCCGUCCUGGCAAGGGGAAGAUGCGCAACCGGCGUUACAUCUCUCGGAAGGGCCCUUUGAUCGUGUAUGGAACUGAGGGAUCCAAGAUCGUGAAGGCAUUUAGAAAUCUCCCAGGGGUUGAUGUUGCUCAUGUUGAUCGUUUGAAUGUUUUAAAGCUGGCUCCUGGUGGUCAUCUAGGGAGGUUCAUUGUUUGGACUAAGUCAGCUUUUGAGAAGCUGGAUAAGGUGUUUGGCACCUUCGAGACCCCUUCAGAGCUGAAGAAGGGUUAUGUGCUUCCUAGACCGAAGAUGACUAACGCUGAUCUUGGUAGGAUUAUUAAUUCUGAUGAAGUUCAGUCUGUUGUAAAACCAAUUAAUAAGGAUGUCAGGAGAAGGACACUGAAGAAGAACCCAUUGAAGAAUCUGGCCACCAUGCUGAAGUUGAAUCCUUAUGCCAAGACGGCAAAGCGGAUGGCUCUUCUUGCUGAGAAGCAGAGGGUGAAGGCUAAGCAAGAAAAGCUCGACAAGAAACGGAGCUCGCUUACUAAGGAGGAAGCUGCAAAGGUGAAGGCUGCUGGCAGGGCAUGGUACAAGACGAUGAUAUCGGAUAGUGAUUACACCGAGUUUGAAAACUUCUCCAAAUGGUUAGGUGCGACUCAGUGAGUUAAGUUAGUUCUUCUCAGCAGCACUUUUUUAUGAUUUUAUAGCUCUCUGCUAUCUGUUUCUUUUAAAUCCAUGUUGUUGACAAGUUUAGAAGAGUUUUUGAAUGUUCGAGUCCUAAAGAUUUUUAUUUUGUUUCAUGUCUUAUCAGACCGUUGUUGUUGAAUUAUGCUUUAUCUGUGAUGUCGUUAUAUUCUCUC